UCUCUCAUCCCACUCCUCUACCCUCCUUCCUUCCUUUGCGCCCAUCUCUACAUCCAUUCAGACCUCUUUUCUUCAGCAAACAUGGACGUCUUCUCACCAUCCCAGGUCUACUACGACUGUGCUUCAUCUCCAGACAGCCUGGAGUUUGGCGCAGGCUUGGAGCUCGAUGGCUCCGAGGAGGACGAGCAUGUGAGGAUCCCCGGAGCCCCCCACCAGCCGGGACACUGCCUCCAGUGGGCCUGCAAGGCCUGCAAGCGCAAGUCCAACUUUGUGGACCGCAGACGGGCCGCCACAAUGCGAGAGCGCCGGCGGCUGAAGAAGGUCAACCACGCUUUCGAGGCUUUGAGGCGCUGCACCUCGGCCAACCCCAGCCAACGUCUGCCCAAGGUGGAGAUCCUGCGCAACGCCAUCCAGUACAUCGAGAGCCUGCAGGAUCUGCUACGAGAGCAGGUGGAAAACUACUACGGCCUACCUGGAGAGAGCAGCUCUGAGCCCGGGAGCCCGCUGUCCAGCUGCUCUGAUGGCAUGGCUGACAGCAACAGUCCAGUGUGGCACCAUCUGAAUGCAAACUACAGCAACGGUUAUUCAUAUGCGAGGAACGACAGUUUAGGCGACAAGGCAGCCGGAGCCUCCAGUCUGGAGUGUCUCUCCAGCAUCGUGGACCGUCUGUCCUCGGUGGAGUCCAGCUGCGGACCGCCAGCUCUGAGAGACAUGGCCACCUUCUCCCCCGGUAGCUCCGACUCGCAGCCCUGCACGCCGGAGAGCCCCGGAUCCAGGCCCGUCUACCACGUCCUGUGAAGGAAACUUUGCUGUGACGUGGAAAUAUUGCCACGGGCAGGCAACCUGCUUUCACCACACACCAGCUGCAUUUGCAACAAGAAAUAAGAACUAGUGUUGUGCAAAUCUGAAGAAGACUCCGCCGUAUCUAAAGACCUGCGGCAAGCAGCUUUUAUAUUGUACAUGAGAUUGUAAAUAUGUAAUGUAAAUGCCCAUUUAUUCUAUACAUGCUAUUAUACCCAAUGAGACAUAUUUAAUUAUGACAGUUAAUGUAAUGUUGCAUUAU